AUGUAUGCGAACAAGGUCAAGCAUCUCAAGAAGGAUGAUGGCGAGCCUCUUUGGAGACGAGAUAUUCAGUAUGACUUCCUCAAGGCUGUAUUCGACGACGACAAGAAGGUGUUCACAAACAGCUACGAAGCUGAUAAGCCAUAUCAAAGCUUCGCAGACUUGUACAUCGAUACUAUGGCCAGGAGCAGCAAAACAAGCAAGAUAUUGAGGGACAAGUUGUUGACAGAGCAUGAGCCUGCCAAGAACAUGGCCAUGGUCUGUCUACUGGUUAAUCUGGGUCGCAUGAACACAACAUUGAACUUCUUCCCAGAAAUGCGUGCGCAGCUACGAACAUACCAUGCGAUUCCCUCUCUACAAGCUCAUCAAGACCCCAACUCCUACAAACAACUUCAAGAUGCUCCACGACUCAAAUCCAUAUUGAAAGGAGCUUCGGAAGACCGGCCAGAGCCAAGCACAUUAGAGAAGAUCAAGGGAAUAGAGGUCCCACGAACAAAUCCUGUCAACCUUAUUUUUGUCCUUGCCCAAUACGCACCGAAGGCCACCGAGCUACAUUUCCCGCGUGGUAAUGACUUUUACGACUUGAUCAUGGGCGAGAAUCUAUCAAGUGCAUCUAGAGCCAGAGCAUUCUUAUGGUUAAUGUGGUUUUACUUGGAGUCCGACUUUACCGAGGAAGGCGCAGAUGAGAAUCCUUUCGGGGCUGGAAUCGACUACAAUACUGAUGUGAGAAACCAAGGAGUGCCUAGGUUUGAUAUCCUUUCCGAAGAAGAGCAAGCUGCAGAGAAUGUCGACACUCAAGAAGAGCAAGAUUAUGGUUACGCGAAGAUGAGAGAGAGGAAGAGAAUUAUCGAAGCAGAUCAGAUCGCAUUCCAGGCUGAACAUGGCCCACCAAAGAGAGGACCGAAGCCCAAGCUUCAUCUACCUCCGGACGAUGGUGGUCCAACACAUGCUGCUCUUCUUGGCCGAAUCAGACCAAAAUACGACGAGGGAGGCAUCCCUGCCACCACUUUAAAUCGUAUCCGGCCGAAGUACGAAUCAGACCUGGAGAGUAAUCGAUCUACGCCUCCACCUCGAGCCCUUGGUGGCAUGCGAAUUCAUGCUGUCCUCAAUACUGGACCAAAAGGUCGAGGUGUAUUGAAACAAGUCGUCGAGGGAUCUUCUCCAGUAGGUCCUGUUGGUGAACAUAUCAUACGACGCUCUCGACCUCUGACGGCACAUCAACUGGCCGUCGAGCGUAACCGAAAUCAACGAGUGGAUUACAUCCUGAGUCGUGGACUACGAAAGAAGCAUCACCAAGCCAAGAAGCAACGAAAGCAAGACGGUGCAUUCUGGCGUGCUUACCAGAGAACCAAAGAAGUUUCAAACCCAUUCCUUGAUAGCGAGGAUGAGGAUUCUAUGCACAGAGAUCCAGGUCUCUUCAGAGAACCCGGCUUUGGUGGCCUUGUACAGCUCGAGACCGAAGAUGAUGACUUUGGCGAGGAAAUAUCGGCUUAUGCCGCAGCAUUCAGACGUAUGAGCAGAAGACUCGAUCGUUGGGAUCUUCAGAAGGACCUCAAGUUGGGUGUUAUGGGCACGAACCGAGUAGCGCAGACCAAAUCCGACAUGGCCAACGGUCACGAGGUUAGUAAAGACGCCGAUGAGACAGAGGAUGAGCAAGCACCGCCACGAGAGCAGAAUCGUAGUACGAAUGGGGCAGCUCAGAGAGAAGAUGAAGAAGACCUCGACGAUAUGGAAAAGGAAAUCUUGGGCCUCGGGAGCGACGAAGAGGGAGAUGCCGACGAAGACCUGGAUGAUGUUGAUAAGGCAUUACUUGGACUCCAAGGUGAUGAGACAGAGGACGACAACAGUGAUGGCAUGGACGUUGACUGA